AUGAGCAACAGAAGUUCAUCACCAAUGUUAUUCCCUUCUUCACCUAGCGUGAAUAAUCAGCGUACACCAACCAGGAAUCAACGUGAAAACUCAAAUUUACCGCCUUCUUCACCGGGAAUAAACCCAGAUUUCUUAGCAGCGCCACCUUCUUCAGAUGCAGGUAAUCACAGAUCAUCAUCACCGCUGCACUUUCCUUCCUCUUCUGCAUCUACUCCACGUGCUUCUCAACAUCUAACUCCCUCGCAUCAAAGACGCGGUGAUGUUCACUCAAACCUCCCACCUUCCUCACCAAGCUUUGUUAAAUCAAGAAGACAUUUAACUCUUCAAAACGCACCAAAUUCUGAUAUUCACAAGUCAGAUAGAACUUUUUCACAGGCUAAUGUUCCAAAUACUGAUAGCCAGACUGAUGACAGUGGAAUGCUUAGAGUCAUUUGGGGUACAAACGUUCAAAUCGCUGAUUCUAUGGCUGCUUUUAGAGCCUUCUUGAGAGGUUUCAAGACAAAGUAUAGACGGGCUUAUGAAAGAGAUUUAGGACGUGAUUUACCUAGUUUAACUGACCAAGCAAGCUCUGAGAACGUUCUUUACGAGAGCUACUUGCGAAAGAUGCGAUUCACCGGUCAAACCAAUUUGAACCUGGAUAUGAACAAUUUAAUUUCAUUCCCACAAUCUCGUAAAUUAUACUCGCAAUUGCAAAAAUACCCUCAGGAGAUUAUUCCAAUCAUGGAUCAGGUACUCAAAGACGUUAUGCUUGAACUCGGUGAGGAGGAUGCUGAGCGUGACGAACAAAGGAUUGGCCAGCAAGCCUGGGAUGAAGAGCUAGGAGAGUUAAUGUCUAAGGUCUACAAAGUACGUCCAUUCAAUCUCCCAUCAGUGAACAUGCGCGAGUUGAAUCCAUCCGACACGGACAAACUAGUUUCAAUCAAAGGUUUAGUCAUCCGUGCCACUCCAAUUAUACCAGACAUGAAGAAUGCCUUUUUUAAGUGUACAAUAUGUCAACACACUCAUCAAGUUGAGAUUGACCGUGGAAGAAUCGCAGAGCCAUCAAGAUGUCCAAGAGAUGUGUGUAAUUACCAAGGCACAAUGGCACUCAUACACAAUAGAUGUGAAUUCGCCGAUAAACAAAUUGUCCGCCUGCAGGAGACACCCGACAGCGUUCCAGACGGUCAGACACCACACACAGUGUCUCUAUGUGUAUACGAUGAACUCGUCGAUGUUACUAAGCCUGGUGAUAGAAUCACCGUUACUGGAAUUUUCCGUUCAUUACCUGUCCGUGUAAAUCCACGCCAGAGGUCCAUCAAAUCACUUUUCAAGACAUUCCUCGACAUAGUGCAUAUAAAGCGCACUGAUGCAAACAGGAUGGGUUUCGACGCAACGACCAGACCUGGUGACCGAGUCAAUCUGGCUGGAGUUGGUGUCGGAGGUGACGACGAGCUAGAGGCUGAGAUGGCGAACAAUGAUGACAACGAAGCUGGUACAAUAGCUGAGGAGAUGGAGAACAAGUUAGUAGAAAUCUCGCAACGGCCCGACUGUUACGAGUUGCUAGCUCGCUCUCUCGCGCCAUCAAUUUGGGAGAUGGAUGACAUCAAGAAAGGAAUCCUACUGCAGAUGUUUGGAGGAACUAACAAAUCAAUUGCACGCGGUGGUGGUGGCGGCGGGCCGCGUUUCCGUGGUGACAUCAACGUUCUUCUCGUUGGUGAUCCAGGUACUUCCAAGUCGCAGAUCCUGCAGUACGUGCACAAAAUAACGCCCCGCGGUGUCUACACAUCUGGUAAAGGAUCGUCAGCCGUCGGGUUAACAGCGUACAUCACUCGCGAUCCGGAUUCGAAGCAGUUAGUGCUUGAGAGCGGUGCUCUAGUCCUCUCAGACGGCGGUGUGUGCUGUAUAGAUGAAUUCGACAAGAUGUCCGACGCCACUCGCUCCGUCCUCCAUGAAGUGAUGGAGCAGCAAACAGUCUCGAUAGCGAAAGCGGGUAUCAUCACCACACUUAAUGCCCGUACAUCGAUUCUCGCUGCAGCGAACCCAGUGCAAUCGAAAUACAACGUGAAGCUGCCAAUUACCAAGAACAUAGAUUUACCACCAACGCUCAUUUCUCGAUUUGACCUGCUUUAUCUUGUGCUGGACAACAUCGACGAAUUCGCAGAUCGCAAACUUGCCAGACAUUUAGUGUCUAUGUAUAUCGAAGACGCUCCCGAGACGGCGGGCAGCGAUGUGCUGGGACUCGACAUACUCACCGCCUACAUUACCUAUGCGAAGAACAAAGUACAGCCCGAGCUGACAUCGGAAGCGAGUGAGGAGCUCGUUCGGUGUUACGUUCAGCUGCGUAAACAAGGAGAAGAUGCUAAUAACGCUGAAAAAAGAAUCACUGCUACAACCCGUCAACUUGAGUCUAUGAUUAGAUUGGCUGAGGGCCAUGCGCGUAUGCGUCUAUCUAAAUUUGUCGAGCUCCUCGAUGUAGUCGAAGCCAACAGACUCAUCAUCGAUGCUGUCAAAGGUUCGGCUACAGAUCCAGUUACUGGCUUAGUCGACAUCAGUCUUCUCAAUACCGGCUACUCGGCUAAUAACAGACGUCAAAAUCAAGAUCUCAUUAAUGAGAUUAGCUCCCUCGUGGAGGGUUCGAGAAGUGCUAAUAUCAAGUAUAGCGAUAUACUCGCGCAAAUCAACUCACAGUCGAGUAUUGCUGUCGAUGGCGCUAUGUUUGCAGACGCAGUGAGACAGAUGGAAGAAAAUGGCGACUUGCAGGUCGUUGGUGAAGGUGCGCGCAAGAUGAUUAGAAAGGUGGUAACGUAA